ACACGCACGUUAUAUGUGUAUAUAAAUAAUAUAUUUCCUCCAAUCUACACGAAGCAUUUUUCUCUAGAAAUUCACUCUCCCAUUCGUCUCCUCUCGCUCAAUCUUUCUCGGCAUGAUAUAUGCCCUUCGGGGCCUUGUUCCCUACUUUAAUCUCCUCCAGUGCGUUAAAUCCCUCCAAAAGGCAGGCAGGUGGCAGCAACAGCAGCGCAGGCUGUGUGCAUUGCUACAAAUUAAUAAAGCCAUAACCAUCUACUGUUGGCGCUCUCUCUCUCUUUCUCGUUAGUUAUGGAAGAUCUCUUCUAUUUCCAGGAUUAUCAUCAGGAAGAAGAAAAAGAAGCAGUAGAAGAACAAUUAGAGGCAGAGGAAGCUCUCUCCCUCUCCGACCUCCCCCUCGGCUUCGACAGUGAUCCCCCAUCCAUUGAGACACCCUACAAUGAUCUCUCCAACCACCCAGCUCGCCGGUCUUCUUCCCAGCCACAGGAUUUCUUCGAGUUCUUGACCGACGUCGAUCUCAUCAGCUCCGACCACAUCAUGUGCUCAGCCGAUGAUAUCAUCAUUUGCGGGAAGCUCAUCCCAUUCAAGGAACCACCCGCCUAUAGCUAUCGCUCUCUGAAUCCCCAUAACCCUUUCGCUGAUGAUCAAGAAAACCGCCAACAAGAGGAGGAGGAAGAACCAAAACAGGUGCAACGUAAAGCAACAUUAGGGCUUCGGAGCCGGUCAGAGUCAUCCUCCAACUUGCAUAGCAUUAACGCCCCCGAGUCCAAGCUCACAAGGAACAGUCGAUCACUGGAUUACCGGAAGCUGCACAGAUUCUCCUCACCGAUGAUGUCGAACUCCCCAGAAACGGUCAAUAUGAACUCAUCCUCAGUUAAAAGUUUUGGAAAAUUGGGCGAUGUUUUGGCCAAGAGGGCAACAAGGCCGAGAUGGUAUGUGUUCAUGUUCGGGAUGGUGAAGUUUCCAGCAGAAAUGGAGCUUGAGGACAUCAAAACCCGUCAGCUCCGCCGGAACCCAACCACGUUGUUUGUUCCGACAAAUGAGACGACAGAAGCUGCCACCAGAGGAGGGAGGUCCUCGAUGAGCCGGAACAAAGGGUCUUGGAAGCUACUCAAGGCGUUAAGUUGCAAGGACCACACAAGCGUUGCGGUCACGACACCUUUUGCCUGUCUUCCCCAGAGCGAAAGUUUUGCCUAAAAAUAUUAACUAUUGCAUCGAUGUAAAGAAAGAUAUUAUCUAUCAACCGAUCGACAAACUCGAGAAAGUACGCAGAUCACAUAUGCAUAGAGGAGCCCCCUAGACGAAACUACCUCGGAGGUUGUGGUAUCGGGCCAAGGAACAAAGGGCAAAUAAGUCAAAAAACAAAAUUGGAGGAUGUCUUGAAGGAGUGGGAACUUGCUAGUUGCUAGCAGUGGCCCCUGGCCAGGCCAGAAUAUACAUCAAAUUAAUGAUUUCUUCACAUAAAAUGGAAGAAGACGGAAAGGAAGGCAUUGUAUUUUUUUUUCUUUUAUAAUUGAAAGGAAGGCAUUGUAAAGACGCGGCUCUUGUACCUCUUUUGUAAUAGUAAUAAUAAUUGAAAAAAAUCUGACAGUCGGUUGGCUUUCUCUCCU